CACGAGCGGUCCUCUUCGUGAUUGGUGCCGCCAUAUUUCAGUUUGUCGAUGUGUUAGUUAAUGUAAGUGAAUAGGUGAAAUCAGUUUUUGUUGGUAUAGAGUACUACAGACAACAGAGUUGUCAUGGUUGUCACACAGAAUUGACAGAAUCAAAUUAUAGAAUUUUACAAAAGUUGGAAUCGGAUGAGCUCCUAGCUGUUAUCCAGUGUCAAAAUAAUAAUGGGAUGGUGUGCAGCAUGUAACACAAAAAUACCAAAAGGAGUCAAAGCCUGUUCCUUCCCAAAGAGCGAUCCAGUACGAAAAGAAAUAUGGAUCAAAAAUUUAAAUAAAGAAGAUUGGACGCCUUCGAAGACUGCCACUAUAUGUGAAAAACAUUUUGCCCCUGAAAUGUGGGAGAAGGUUCGUGAAGACGGUAAAAAGAAAUUAAAAGCAAACGCGAUACCAACCAUAUUUUCAAGAAUUUCGAGUUACAACGAGCCGACAAUCGCAACGAAUAAUGUUGAUGCAGUUCCAACGAAUGAGGAAAUACCUGUUGAUGAGCUCCCGCUGCAAGAUGUAACAAGUAAUAUCGAUGCACCUUCCAAAGAAUCUGACCAUAAAAUUGUCGAAAAUGAAAAGGGUUCAAGUGACAGCGAAGUCAUAGACACAGAGCAAUUGGAAAUCAAUAUUCCUGAGAAAAAACCUUCUUACGAAGAAUUGUGGGACCAACUUCAGAAGGCAAAAAAGAAAUUAUUCUUCAAUCAUUGUAUGGUAUGGUUCUACAGAGUGUAUCACCACAAACCGAUUCUGCAACUAUAUCUAAAAUUAAACAGUAACCAGUAGUAAAUACUUCAGAUAACGUUUCUGCGCACAUUAUUUGAUAUAUUUACUAUUGGUUAUAGACGUUAUAGAUUCAUACGUUUAUUUUGUAAUAAUAAAAAAUUAUGUUACA